AGCCUCAGUCUAGUGCUUGCUUUUAUCGUCUGCUUAUUAAUUUAUUACUCAUGUGAGUUUAAAGUUAAGGCUUUGUAGUUUGGAUAUGUAAUCGAAUGGGGACUUGAAUUUGAAUGUGUUUUGACAAAACAAUAAAGUGCUCUUGGUGGUGUUAAAGCUAAGCCUCUUAGACAACGGUGCAUACCACUAAUGAGUUAGUGAGUCAUGAUCAUGUUUACAUUUUGGAGUUUAUACUACGUACCACUUGAGGGGCUGAAUUACUCUUCAUAUCGCUGUUAACUGUAGUACGACUAGCGUAUAUAAAUACUCAUGAACCGAAAUGCUUAAGUAUAUUUUUUAAAGAUCUUCAUAGAGGCUGUGCAACCGAACUCAUAAAACCAAUAUACGUGAGUGAAUUAACAUUGUAAUACCUGUGUUUAUCUUGUCAAGGGAGGUACCUGGAUUUUGCUGAAGAAGAUAAAUUAUUAAAGAAUUACGAGAUACAAUGAACCAACCUUCGUGAUUACGAUAGAAUCACAUACACAUCAUGAAGAUUUUUGUUCAUCAGACAGAAUCGAUAUUCCUGUCUGUCGUUUUGUUUGUACACGGUCUGGUAGAGGCGACUUGUCCCGACCAACCAACAGAGAGAGUAAGGGAAUGUACAGCGAGCAUAUUACCAGAGCUCUCCCAACCCUCGCUAGCAAAUGGAGCAACCACCUACAACACACAGGUGGAGGCUGCAAAAGACAUGUGCAGGGACUCCCGAAAGCGGGAAGUAUCGGACUGCAUGCAAGACAUUCUUGACCGUUGUCGAGGAAGCACAGACGCUGAGCAGAUCCUCCAUAAACUUAUAGACAAGGAUAAAACCAUGGCAACCGUUGAUUACUUCUGCAGACAUAUACAAUUGUAUGAACGACACCAGGCAUGCAUCUCCAGCCACCAUGAGGAGGUGUCCUUCUGUACGCAAGCGGCUCAAAAGAGCUUCAAGUCCAAGUUAGACGCAGGGGCCAAGAUGGACGUUCUCAUUAUGGGAUCGUGCAGCUUUUUCUUCAUCGCACGUGGUUGCCUUACCAACACAACGGAGCAGUUUUGCGGCGGAGAGCCCGCCAAUUUUGUGCACACCCUUAUGACCGGAUAUAUGCCCCCCUACUGUGAGACCCACCUCCCGGAAGACUCAACCCGCGGUCGUUGGGGUUCGCCAGGUGGCACGUACAACACAGGGGACGGCGAAAAUGGAGCGACUACAAGCCACGUGCGGCCUUUUAGUAUUCUCACAGUGUUCACUAUAAUCUUGACGGUGUCUUUAACCAAUGUUCACAUUUGACCAGUUUUCUGAUUUCACGGUCACUGAGUACUUUUACUUUUUACUUUUGAUGUAUGUGAUAUUACAUUUUGUCUUCUUCAAAUGUGCCAUCUAUAUGCAAUAUAUAUGGUAUAUCAAAAUGUACUGACGAUGCAAGUUAAACUUGACACAUUUUAAGAUUUUUUGUUUUCGUUUAAUAUAGGAAAUAACUCGCGUCUAUUGUGUAUACAUGUAUAAUGCCACCUAUUUGUGGACACAAGUGAAACUUGUGUGUUAUAUUCGCAUUGUUCUAUUUCUUGUGUUUUAGGAAAAGUGACUCAUUUUGUUAUUGUUGUUUUUUUGUAAACACUCUUUGGGAGGAUGAAAGUAGAUUGCCUUUUUCUUAUUUCAAACAUGCUAAGUACUGCAUGUCGUCACCAAAAUACGAACGUUCGCAAUAUGCGCAUGCGCAAAUCUACUCCCGCAAUACUGCACACAAGAUAUUGAACGAAAGUCAAUUGGUUUUUAAUAUAAAAAAGAAGUGUUAAAGUGCGAGAAACACAAGUUUAUAAGUUUAAGAUAAGAACUACGUCAGCCGAUUGAUCUGAGUUGUGGUAUCACUUAUCAGUGCUUAAAAUGUCCGGAAAUUUUAUCACACUUGCCCUGUGGUUUCAUUUGAUAUGCACUUAAAGCUAGCAACUCGAAGUGAUACGACCCAACCGAUCAACUUAAAUAACCAAACAUAUACAUGCACAAGUACAAUCAUUACAAUAUCAUGAGCGUUCUUCACAGAGCUUUAUGAAUACUACGACGUAUUUAUGGACCAAAAUCAGAACUACGAGUGUUUGUCUUACAUGUGUAUUUUGAUACAUUUAUAUACACACAUUUUCAUUAAUAUAUUAAUGAUAAGAUGACAAAACUUAUAAACAUAUAAUAAGUGAUAUAGUAAUAGUUUAACAGUAGAAAUUAGCAGUACAAGAUAGUUGUGUUACGUGUUUGCACAUACACAUAAUAAGCAUUAUAUACAGUUUCAUACAAGGAUUACAUUUUGCGUUAAAAAUGUUUGUUUCUGCAAAUCUAAUCGACCCUUUUAAAAUACCAAACCUAAAAAUAUUUUGUGAUGCUUUUAUCUCUGAAUGUCAGUGUAAACAGCUUGUGUUCGGCAAAAAUACAUAAUAAGAACCAACAAUCAUCAUGCAGUAUCCAGAACAAUAUAUAAAUUCCAAACACAUACGAUCUAAUACAUGUCAUGGCUAUAAAUUGUUAAGAUAUGACAAGUUAUGCGUUCCUAUCCUCCUUAUUUUUGAACUAUUUAGAGGAUAUAAACAAUCCGAUUAAGGCCAUAUAUACCCUAUAUAUGAUAUACACUUCCAUUGUGUAACAUUGUAUUAUCUCUACAGUCGAACUCCGUUCGCUCGAACUCCCAGGGACCGGCGAAAAUACAUUGAGCCUCGGAAAAUUCAAGCCAAGCGGGAAAGCUUAUAUUCAUUAUAAAGAUACUGAUUCUUUACAUCCAGUUCGAGCCAAGCGAGUUCGAGCCAACGGGGUUCGACUGCAUAUAUAACAUAUGAGGCUUUAGAAAGUGUGAUGAAAAUAGAAAUUCCUGGUAAUGUAGUGUACAUUUUAUGUGUUGUAUUUAUGUUCGAUUACUUGUAUAAAAUAUGUACAAAUCAAAGUUGAUUAAGUAUUUACAUUGAUUUAAUUCAUCAUAGAAAUCAAACUUGUAUAUGUCAUGACUUUGUUCUGUUCAAUAUGAACUGAUCAAAAACAUUAAUGCCUAUUGCAACUAUAACCAUUACAAUUUUACUACCCACUAUACAUAUUAGCGGGCCAAUCAUCCCGUAAAAACACUCCCCUGCCAUUAAAUAACACCUCGACAGCAAACCUGUCAUUAGAGCCAAUAUUUCACUAACGUAAAUAAUCUUUAACAGGUUGUACAGAGAUUCUAAACGCUGUAAGUGAACAUUUUGGCGACAUGUUGUGCCUACGUUAUCCACUUCAGAACAGCAAUUAACGGAAGAAAGCCUAGUGAAAUGCACAGUGAUGAAAACUAAAUGAUUUAGUUUGUGUACAGUUUAAAAGAUAGACUUAAUAAAUGGAGUUUAUCAAGUCGCUACGUGACCGCAUAUUUCCCGGUUAAAAGCGCAAAUUUUAGCUAAAAUUAUUUUUCUCUGUACACAAAUUACAUCAUACUCUUCUUUUUUAGGGGGGGGGGGGGGCAUAUCUAUCUCGACUUUGUGCAUUUAACUCAACCGCAAUGUCACAUGUAUAUCUACUUGUAGCUACAUGUUUUGCAAUGUCUCUAUCAACCUGUAACCUGUUUGGAACGUAGCACCAUGUCCUGUAAAAUAAAUCAUGAAACACC